UAUUAGUUGACUGGAAUGUUUAUUUCUUCUUUCCUCUAUAUAACUAAUUUGUUCAUCAUUCAAUUGAUCUCAUCCGAUCCAUAGACUUUAGUUUUUCUUUUCAGACAAUUAAUUGAAUCUAUGGCAUCAUCUUCUUCUGCGAGUAAUUCACAAUACUGUCCUCGAUGGAAGUACGGUGUCUUUCUAAGUUUCAGAGGAGAUGAUACCCGGAAUAAUUUUACGAGUCACUUGUACAAAGGUUUGAAAAAUAGGGGAAUAUUCACCUUUCUAGAUGAUGAAAGGCUAGAGGAUGGCGAUUCCAUCUCAGAAGAACUCGUGCAAGCGAUAGAAGAGUCUCAAGUUGCUGUAAUCAUUUUCUCAAAAAAUUAUGCUAUGUCAAGGUGGUGCUUGAAUGAACUAGUGAAGAUUAUGGAAUGCAAGGAGAAAGAAAAUGGACAAACAGUUAUACCGGUCUUCUAUUAUGUGGAUCCAUCACAUAUUCGAUACCAAAUUGAGAGCUUUGCAGAAGCAUUUGCCAAACACGAAUCGAGGUAUAAGGAUAAUGUUGAAGGGAUGCAGAAGGUUCAAGGAUGGAGGAAUGCUCUAACUGUUGCCGCAGAUCUAAAGGGACAUGAUAUUGAUGACAAGAUUAAUCAAUCGAUGAAAAUUGAUCAGAUCGUCGACCACAUCUCUUCCAAACUUUGCAAGAGUGCUAGUUUAUCUAAUUUGCAAGAUGUUGUGGGAAUAAAUGCUCAUUUAGAGAAACUAACAUCCCUACUUCAAAUAGAAAUCAAUAAUGUUCGGAUUGUAGGAAUUUGGGGAACAGGCGGAAUUGGUAAAACGACGAUAGCAACAACCAUCUUUGAUAAUCUAUCUGAUCAAUUUGAUGCAGCUUGUUUUCUAGGGGAUGUUAAAGAAAAAGCAAGAGAGAAUCAAUUACAUUCUUUACAAAAUAUCCUUCUCUCUAAACUGUUAAGAAAAAAAGAUGAUUAUGUCGAUAAUAAGUAUGCUGGGAAGAGCAUGAUUAAGCGCAGACUUUGUUCUAUGAAGGUGUUGAUUGUGCUUGAUGACAUAGAUCAUGGUGAUCAUUUGGAGUAUUUAGCAGGUGAUGUUGAUUGGUUUGGUAAUGGAAGCAGAGUUAUUGUAACAACUAGAAAUAGAAAACUGAUAGAGAAUAAUGAUGCAAUAUAUGAAGUGCGUACACUACCUGAUCAUGAAGCUAUGCAAUUGUUCAAUCAACAUGCUUUCAAAAAAGAAGUUCCAGAUGCGUGUUUUAAGAAUUUCUCGUUGGAAGUGGUAAAUUACGCUAAAGGCCUUCCUUUAGCCCUCAAGGUGUGGGGUUCUAUGUUGCAUAAGAAAGGCGUAGAUAAGUGGGAAAAAAUUGUAGACAAAAUAAAGAAGAAGUCUAAUUCAGAAAUUGUUGAAAAACUCAAAAUAAGUUAUGAUGGGUUGGAGCGCGAAGAGCAAAAGGUAUUUCUUGAUAUCAUAUGUUUCUUCCGUUGCCAUGGAAGAGAAGCAGUCAUACAAAUUGUUGAGACCUACAAUUCUGGAGCUGAAGACAUAUUGGAUGUCCUAAUUGACAAAUCCCUUGUGUUCAUCACUGAAAAUAAUAGAGUUGAAAUGCAUGACUUGAUUCAAGAUAUGGGCAAAUACAUAGUGAAAAUGCAAAAAGAUUCUGGAAAUUAUAGUAGAAUAUGGAAUGUUGAAGAUUUCGAAGAUGUGAUGAUGAACAAUAUGGGGACAACGGAAAUGGAAAUAAUCUGGUUAUGUAUAUCUAAAAAACUAAACUUUAGCAAAGAGGCAAUGAAAAAUAUGCAAAGGCUUAGGAUAUUACACAUACGGCUUUAUCCAUGGGCUUCCCUAAGUGAUUCAGAAGAUGACUCUAUUGAGUACCUGCCCAACAACUUGUGUUGGUUUGAUUGGCGUCAUUAUACUUGGAAGUUAUUGCCAGAAAAUUUUAAUCCCAGAAGGCUUGUUAAUCUUGAUCUCCAGAAGAGUUCAUUGCAUUAUUUGUGGAAGGAAACAGAGCAAUUUCCGUCUCUACGAAGGAUAGAUCUAAGUGGCUCUAAAAGGCUGAAGAGAACGCCAGAUUUCAAGGGGAUGCCAAAUUUAGAGUAUUUGAAUCUACAGGAAUGUACGAGUCUUGAAGAAGUUCAUCCUUCCCUCAAGUAUUGCAGAAAACUCCUUGAGUUAAAUUUGCUUAAGUGUGAAAGCCUUGAGAGGUUUCCAUAUGUUAAUGUGGAAUCUCUUGAAUCUUUGCAUCUACAGUACUGCUCUAGUUUAGAGAAAUUUCCAGAAAUCCUUGGAAUAAGGGAACUGCCAUUAUCUUUGAAUGGCAUGGAAAAUCUUGUAUCUCUUCCAAGCAACAUUUGUCAGUUGAAAGGUUUGGUGACUCUGGAUGUGUCAUACUGCUCAAAACUUGAAAGCUUGCCAGAAGGGAUUGGUGAUUUAGAAAAAUUGGAGGAGCUUGAUGCCAACUAUACUCUAAUCUCACGUCCUCCGUCUUCCAUCAUCUGGUUGAACAAGCUUAAAUCAUUGAGUUUUGUAAAAGAAAAUCCAGAAGAUACAGUGAACUUCGUGUUCCCUCAGGUGAAUGAAGGGUUACUCUCAUUGGAAAUACUGGCUCUCAGCUACUGCAAUAUAAUAGAUGAAGGACUUCCGGAAGACAUUGGCUCCUUAUCCUCUUUGAAAGAGUUGUAUCUCUGUGGAAAUAAAUUUGAGCAUUUGCCUCAAAGCAUAUCCGAACUUGGUGCUCUUGAAUACUUGAACUUAUCAGAUUGCAAGAGACUUACACAGCUGCCAGAAGACAUUGGAUGUUUAUCCUCUUUGAAAGAUUUGAGGCUCAACGGAAAUAAUUUUGAGCAUUUGCCUCAAAGCAUAUCCAAACUUGGUGCUCUUGAAUACUUGCACUUGUCACAUUGCAAGAGACUUACACAGCUGCCAGAAGACAUUGGAUGUUUAUCCUCUUUGAAAGUGUUGUAUCUCAAGGGAAAUAAUUUUGAGCAUUUGCCUCAAAGCAUAUCCAAACUUGGUGCUCUUGAAUACUUGCACUUGUCACAUUGCAAGAGACUUACACAGCUGCCAGAAGACAUUGGAUGUUUAUCCUCUUUGGAAGAGUUGGAUCUCAAGGGAAAUAAUUUUGAGCAUUUGCCUCAAAGCAUAUCCGAACUUGGUGCUCUUCUAUCCUUAGACUUAUCAGAUUGCAAGAAGCUUACACAGCUGCCAGAAUUUCCACAGCAAUUACAUACAAUAUAUGCAGAUUGGAGCAAUGAUGUGAUCUGUAAUUCGUUGUUUCAGAAUAUCUCAUCAUUGCAGCAUGACAUUUGUUCUUCACAUUCCUUUUCACUAAGAGCGUUAUGGUGUUGGAAGGAGGAUAUCCCAAGUUGGUUCGACUAUCAGGGAAUGGGCACAAGUGUAUCAGUAAAUUUGCAUAAGAAUUGGUAUGCAAGUGAUAACUUCUUGGGAUUUGCUGUAUGUUACUCUGGCAAACCAAUUUAUUGCAUCACAGCUCAUUUGAUUCCCUUAUCAUGUGAUGAUGGGAUGUCGUCGAUGACCCAGCAAUUUGCCUUAUCCAACAAUCCACAUCAUGGUAUUUCUUUUUUCUUGAUACCUCUUGGUGGCUUAUGGGAUGCAUCUAAUGCAAAUGGAAAAACACCAAAUGACUAUGGGUGCAUUAGGUUAUAUUUUAAUAGAGAAAUAGGUAAAUAUGGAGUUCGUUUGUUUUAUAAAGAUGAAGCUGAGCUUCACAUUGGGAUAAGGAAGAGCAGAUAUGAAGAAGAGGCCACUUGCUCCUCUUCUAAGAAACAAAGGCAACUCUUGCAGCUCUUUCCCACAAGCCCCAGUUUAUAGAUUAACUAUAGUUAGGUGAUGUACGUAUCAGUAAUCAGCAGCGAGUUUGGGGACACUGCCUAAGAAGGGAACAUGUACGUACAAUUUGGGUUGGCAAAAAUUCAUUCUUUUUAUAUUUCAUUUCAAAAUAUAAUCACAUUUUCCAUUUCCUGACAAAUACAUAAAUUGCAGAAGCUUUGGAAUCCAGUGGAGCUCAAAUAAUUUCUCCCCAACCAUCAAGUUCUAUUUUAAUAAGUGCAGGAAACACAUUUUAUUAAUCAUCUCUGAAAUUAAUAUAAUCUAAUUAGCAAAGAAACACUA